CGUGACCUGUGUUCAUGGCGCCCACCCGGUCGUACUGAUAAUUUCACAGUAUUCGGGACAAGAUUUCUUGACUUCUGAGUCUCCACAUGUGAUCAGCACUACUCAAGCGUGACCUAGCCUGUUACACUGAAAGUCUCUAUGUAAUAUAAACACGUUGAUACCAUCUGACGUGUGAACAUUCACCGAACUCCGUCAGUGUGUUGUCAACCGCCAUUUACAGACUGGCCUUUAGCUAUGGCAACAGUAGUCCAAGCGCAUGAAAGAGAGUGUGCCGUGUGCACCAAUGACUUCAACACACCAAAACUUUUACCCUGUGGUCAUCUCAUGUGUCGACAAUGUGUCAUUUCCUGGCUGGACUCCAAAUCCAACGCUGGUUGUCCUCUGUGUACCUGUCCUAUAGUAGAGCAUCAAGUCAAUUCGUCUCGAAUCUCAGCUGAUGUUGUCGACGCCCUGCCUACAGACUCUGUGAUGGAAGCUAUAGUAGAAAAUGCGAGUAUACUGAUGAAGGGUGGCAUGUGCACUGUAUGUGACGACCUGAAAGCUGAGUACAUCUGUAUGCAAUGUCUGGAAAAGAUGUGUCCAUCGUGUAUGAAGAUACACAAGAAGAUGGUAGUGAGCCGUAGUCACGAUGUGGAGAGUGUCAGCACUGUGACACCUGAACGUCUGGCUGCCAGCCGCCCUGCACUGUGUGCUGACCACGGCGACAAACAGGCGGAGAUGUUUUGUGUUGACCACAACCUUGCUAUCUGUACGCCAUGUUUUUCUAACAAACACAAGGCCUGCCUAGACGUCAAGUCUCUAGAUGAAAAAAUGAAGUCAGCUGAAGACGCAUUUCAUUCAUUGAGAGAAAAAUUACUUACAGCAGAGGACAACCUGAAGCAAGCAAUAGUCAACCUAAAUGUCCGCGUGCAAACAGCGGAUGUCACUGAACAGCAAAACAUGGCGCUGGUGGACAAGACAUGUGACCGACUCCAGAACUUGGUGGACGAGUGUAGGAAACAAGUGAAGAAACUUAUUAGUGAUUCUGUGUCAAAGUUCAAGAAUUCCUUGUAUGACGUCAAAAGCGAGCUGGACAAACGUUUAGGGAAAGUGACGUCACACAAACAUCUCGUGACGCGAGCCACAACAGUCAGACCGCGUCCCGCGCUGAUACACGCAGCAAAGACUCUGACAGACAGGGUCAACAACCUUGACCUCAGUGAUAAAGUGGAAGCAGAGGCUUGGGUGAAUCCAUGGCCAGAGACAAUGACAUAUUGUGAUGAUGUGGUGAAAGUAAUAGGCGAUGAGUUAAAGAGCAUUCGACAGAUUGUUCUUGCUGAAAAACCAGUCCUUGUGUUCCACGAAAACUGCGGGACCAACAUUCGUCUGACGAACUUCAGAAAGACCGCACGUAGGGUUCAGCUUGACAAGUACGGCGACGGUGUGAUCGUGUCACGUGACGCCAUGGCUGUAAACGUCUUGUAUGAAGUCAGAAUAGACGAAAUAAAAAGUCCAUCCGGAAUCAGUUUAUUGCUUGGUGUGACGAGCGUCUCUUCUACACAGCUCCCUCUGCCGACGAGGUCUUAUGACCUGAAAGGUUCCGUCAUUCUUUGGCAAACUGGAGUGCGCGUCAAAGAUAGCGAUACCUGGACUAAUGUCACUGAAGCUCUCAACUUCCUCAAAGUCGGGAGUCGUGUUGGACUGUUGGUGGACUCAUCAAACAACCUUCACUUUUACGCCGAUGGACACGACCAGGGUGUUGCAGCAAAAGAUGUUCCUCAGCCCUGCUUCGCCUUCUUUGACCUUUACCACAAAGUCAUUCAGGUGACAGCGCUUCCCACUUCUGAGAGGACAUGAAGCACACGUGAUAAUAAACAGGGAGAGACAAUAACAACAGUGAUAACACUUAUAUACGACGACAUCGAGUCUGGCAAUGAUUUUAUUAGUUAACUCUACCUUGUGCUGCUGUUUGUUAAAUAACUGAUGUAAAGAACUUGCAAAAGCUGACAUAAAUGGAUGUAUUGCUCUGCACACUACCUAACCGAAUAAAACGAUAUACUUUGCGUUAGCUGAUCCCGUGACCAUUCUCUUCAUUCUUUCAUUUACUAACUUGUUAUGUGAGACUCGUUAUAGCAAGAAAGUCCAUGUGACAUCUACUGGAAUAAUGAUACAUUUUUUUAAUUCUUGCUGCUACAAGCUGUUUCUUAGCAUGUCUUUUUAGAAUCGUCGGUAUAGUUGUACCCAUUACGUUUUAAUUUAGCAAGUCAUACAUCAUUUUUUGUUUUCUCUACCUACAGACUAUAUUUUGUAGAUCUAUUUCAAUGAGACUCAUGAGCCCAGGUUGAUGAAAACAUAUAAACAGUUUUAUAAAAUAUCGUCGUGUAUGCUCAUAGGCCAGUUUUUAAUGUACAGUUGUGUGAAGUGUAAAUGUACGAGAGUUCUGAUGCCUUGGGAUGUUGGCAGGGAUGGGAAGUAGCUGAAGUCUAGCUACAGCUACUGUAGCCGGCUACAAAUUUUAAAAAAGUAGCUUGUAGCCGUAGCUACAUUUUAGAAAGUAGCCGUAGCUUGGCUACAUGUUGGCUACUUUCACGACCAUUCGUCGACAG